AUUAUUUAUAAUGAAUCCUUUCCAUUCUUCAUUUCCUAGCCUUUAUACCAGAUACCAGGCUCAAAAAAAGAAGGGGAAAAACUAUGACAUUCUACUCCCCUCUCUCUCUUCCCCUCCCCUUAAUGCAAUUGGCCCCUCGCAGGCACUCCUCUUGUCCAAUGGACGAGGGCGCACCAACGUUCCAUCCGGUCCGUGGAAGUAACAGGCGAGGCAGAGAGAGAGAGAGAGAGAGAGAGGCGCGCCGUGAAAGCCCCAGUCCAAUCCCCUCAUCAUCCUCGCACGGAGCAAUGGUGCGUGGAGCGUCAAGACGUCGUUAAGAAGAGAGAAAGAGAGUUCUAAGUUCCACUUCUAGAGCGCAGGGACAUUUGGUUCCAAAAAUUCCUUCCGGGAGAAAAGAGGCCAUUUCUCUAAAUGAUGAGCAAAGUGGACGCGCCAUGCAGGCCGACUGCCGCGUCUCUCAAAUUCACCAUAGACAAUAUUCUGAACCUGCAGACAAACUCGAGCGGUAACGGUAGGAAGACAGUUGACAGCUGUCAUUCCGGUAGCAGGCUACAGAAUAGCACGGGGCUGUACUGGUUCGAUGACCAUCAACGGAGAAUGGACCCCGCGACAAGGCUACAUGAUGCAGAGCCGGAUAACGACUGUAGCCCAACCGGAGGACCCAAGGCCAUCGCUAUCACCCGGGAAGACUCGUUACAGAUCACCGACAAUUGCUUCGAAAGCGGGGACAGCGGCGACGACUGCUCUUCGACGCAUCACACCGGGGACGGUGAUAACGGCGGCAAGAAAAAACAACUGAUAACCAAGAAAAAAACUCGCACCAUCUUCUCCAAGAGACAGAUCUUUCAGUUGGAAUCUACUUUCGAUAUGAAACGGUAUCUUAGCAGUGCCGAGCGCGCCUGCCUCGCCAGUUCUCUCCAGUUAACGGAAACGCAGGUCAAAAUCUGGUUCCAGAAUCGAAGGAAUAAAUUGAAAAGACAGAUUUCAACAGCGCUAGAUGGUCCCAGCGGUGAUUUCUCCGACGCCGGUCCGGGGAAGACUCUGCAACUCCCGGCUUUGUACAAAGACAGUAACCUGCUAGGAAGAUGCUUGAUGCCGAUGCCCCUGCCCAUCGUAUACCCUGGCAGUAGUACGCAUUAUUUAUGUUUUUCCAAUGCCAGCAAGUACUUUAGUCUAUUCGAAGGAGACGUUGUCCUGUAGACAAGGCCGAGUCUGUUUAAAGGAGACGUAGUCCUAUUUAGACUUGGUCUAGUCUGUUCGAAGGAGACGUAGGGUUAGGUCUAUAUACUUUUCUGCAUCAUCGCCAUAAAGACACUGUUUACAAGGUGAUAUAUAUCAUGCCAAUUUCAGCUUCCGCAUUUAGCGUUUUUUUUUUUCUUCUUCAUCAUCAUCGUGGUAAAAACAUAAGGUCGAGUCUGGCCCAUGUAGGCCUUUAUAGGCUACUUGUAAGGAUAGCCUGUGGACCCAAGGCCUGGCCGAUUCUACUUGUCACAUUGAUAGCCUACGCCAAUUGUAUUUAUUGACAGACAUCAACAUUGUUGAUAUAAAACUAAAGAACAUAUUUGCAGGAUAUCCUAUCACACAAAGACAUUCAGAAUAACUCCAUAUUCAGUUUUAUGUUAUAAUAAUAGAUAGUUGUUUCUGUAUUCAGAGUACCAGCGUAGGCCUAAAACAAUAGGUCUUAUAAUCAUUUAUUCAAUUAUUAUUAUUAUUAUUUUGAAUCUGUUAUUAACAACAGCAUUCCCAGCAGUCUAAACACGGCCAAAGAUGGUAUUAUAUUUGCAUGCAUGUACUGUAUUAUAAUGCAUUUUAAGUGAAUUAAAUUACCUAUGUAUUUAAAAUUAAUGUAAUGGAUAUGGAUAUUUUUGUUUUGUUUACGCAUGUUUAAAGUUUAUUUCAAUUAGAAGUAUAACAUUCUUAUUUCUUCCCAAAUCGGCGUAACACUAUAAUAUUGACUGAAUCUGUAAUAAAAAAAAAAUGUUUUUACGUAUAUAAAAAACAUCGUUUGAUACAAAGGUUUAUGUAAACUAUGUUUUGCUGUGCUGUGCCUUAAAAGCCUUCAGUUGUAGGAUCUAUGGGGAACGGAUGUAACGCAUUUUGGAGUUGUUUUACAAAUCCUAUUUACUCUAACACCGUUUAACGUAGAGAUGUCAUAAACGUCACACAAACAAUUAACAAUAUGUCUGCUAACUAUUAGUACGGUUCAAGAACCCCUGUGCUAAAUGUGGAUUUUUUCACAAUUCUGGUAUAGAAACACAGAAUUCACAUUUCAUAAUAAAUCUUAUGAAAGCGAAGACAAUAGACGCAUUGUUGUAACAUGCUUGGCGUGUAUUAAUCUCAAAACACAACAUGGUAAUCGGAUUAUCGACAACGACUAGAGAGAGAGAGAUUAUCCUGUUUUGUGGAAAUAUCGCUGAUUACAGUCAAGUGCUUUAAGAACCGCUUUACGUUGUAAAAUGUUAAACGUUCCUUCUGAAGUAGGUCGUAUGUAGGAAAGAGUUGUUGCAUAAAGGCCUAUGUGCCUAUUGUUUUCCUCUGCUUGCGGCGCACAAUAUUUGACACUUGACAAAUACUUUGGGAGUAUUUAUGCAUAAAAGUACACCAUUACAACUCGUAUAUUGCAGGACUAUCGGCUUUGGAAUCUGCAACAGCACAGCUAUAGUCUUAAUAA